AUGUCGACCGCAUCUGGCGGAAACGCCCACGCAGCAGGCCCGGAAGCCUCAAACUCACAAUGGAAUCGAUUCUACAGCUGGCUACAAGGUGUCUUCAGCGGUGCCGACCCCGGAGUCUGCAUCGCUUUCUGGCUUUUCGGCCUGAUCAAUAAUGUCCUCUACGUGAUCCUCCUCUCUGCAGCGCUCGACCUCGUGGGCCCUAAUCUACCCAAAGGCAUUGUCCUUCUCGCCGACAUCAUCCCGUCCUUCACGACUAAGCUGAUCGCCCCGUACUUCAUCCACGCCGUGCCCUACUCCACCCGCGUCCUCGUCUUCGUCGCCCUCUCGAUCCUGGGCAUGGUAGUCGUGGCCGUGAGUCCGAGCUACGAGGAAGGCGGCUCCUUUGCGCCGAAGGUCGUUGGGAUUGUCCUCGCGAGUUUAUCGGCGGGUGGUGGCGAGCUCAGCUUCGUGGGCCUCACCCACUUCUACGGGCCGUUCAGUCUGGCGGCGUGGGGGAGUGGGACGGGGGCCGCGGGCUUGGUGGGCGCGGGGGCGUAUGCGUUGGCGACGUCUGCGAUGGGGAUCUCGGUUCGUGGCACACUUUUUGCAUCGGCUUGUUUGCCUGUUGCGAUGGCCAUGAGCUUCUUCGCUGUCUUGCCUAGGGAUCCGCUGCGGAAGCCGAAGGCAGAUAGGUAUGUUGGAGUUGAGAGAGGUGAGCGUUAUGAGGCUCAAGAAGAUGAGGAAGAGGAGGAAGCGCAAAAGUUGGUUGGCGGCAACGCGGAUCUUCAUGGGUGGGAGCGGGCGAAGAAGAAUCUGAGUCGAUUGAAGAAGCUGUUCUUUCCAUUUAUGCUUCCUUUGCUUGUCGUUUUUAUCGCCGAGUACGUUAUUAAUCAGGGCGUGGCCCCGACACUGCUCUUCCCUUUGCCUUCGACGCCAUUCGAGAAUUUCCGCUCCUUCUACCCAACCUAUAAUGCCAUCUACCAAGCCGGGGUAUUUAUCUCGCGCUCUUCCACGCCCUUCUUCCGGAUCCAUUGGCUCUAUGUCCCUUCCCUGCUGCAGGCAGUUAACUUGGCAGUGCUAACCUUACACGCUAUGUUCAACUUCAUCCCCAGUGUAUACAUUGUGUUUGCGAUCAUAUUCUGGGAGGGCCUGCUGGGCGGGGCGGUGUACGUCAAUACAUUUGCGGAGAUUGGAGAGCGCGUGCCGGAGGAGGAGCGAGAAUUCUCUUUAGGCGCAACGACAGUGAGUGAUUCGGCGGGGAUCUGCAUCGCUGGAUUCCUCAACAAACACGGCCCCCCGUUCAUUCGAUCCAUCUCGUCCCGUCUCAGUAGCAGAUUAACAACCUGGCAAACAACCGUCAUCAUCUUUCUAUGGCUGUAUGUCUGCCGCAACUUCGCCAAAAUCGUCGGUCUGGAGUGCCCGGAGCCAUUAGCCAACUUGUACUCUCGGUCUUUCUUCCGGGCAACAUGGAUCACCACCGGUCUAGAUGCCGGUUACUGGACCGCCAUGACCGUCAAGCCCAAGUGGUUGCGGGACAUCGCUUCGCUGGUAUUCACAGUUUACUAUUUAAUCGCCGCCGAACAAGCCGACGAAAAGGUGCGGCGGGUUCGCGCAACUCUGACGUUGGAGCAUUUAAGGGUAUCUUGGAAUAAAGCAACAACGUCUUACCUCUGGACAUUGGCCAGCUUGAUGCGACCUCGAUUAACCAAAUAUGGCCCUCGAGCCAUUCGAAUUCCCCGUCCUGCGCAGUCAGUUCACAAAGAGCCGGUCGAUGCAUGGCUAUACUUUGAUGGGCCCUUAAGUGCCUUGAAGGAUCAGAAAGCUAUGGUGCUGGAUAUACCGGGCGGAGGCUUUGUCGCCAUGGGUCCACGGUGCUCCGAAGACAAGCUGCUCAGUUGGGCUGGGCAACUGAAGGUUCCAAUUCUAAGCGUUGACUACAAGAAAGCUCCAGAGUACGCAUAUCCUUAUGCUCUUCAUGAGUGCAUGAGCGGCGCGACUUGUCCCCGGAUUGUGGUGACUGGCGAGAGCGCCGGUGGCAAUUUGGCCGUGGGCACUACACUCAUGGUCAUCCAGUCCGGUCUUAUCCAAGGUUGGAAGAGCGAAGAAGUCUUACCGCGGCCUAUUGGACUGGUCCUGGCCUACCCAACACUCAAUAUGAGAGUCGAGAGCUGGAUGACAGAUGAGCAAAUGUCCUUGAUCCAGGAUAAAAGCUCCCGCCAGACCAACCAGGGAAUCUUGCAGCGGAAGAAGGAUCAGUACAGGAAGCUGACUCCCUUCACGUCCCCUGGUCACUCUGUUGAAGACUUGACUAAACUAGCAUCGCCUGAACCUACUGUAGACUCCCCCGAUAUUGCUUCCGAGGCUGCAAAGGCACUUGAAGACAAACUGAAGAAGAAUAAAGCGUUGAAUGGCGAUGUCGAGGACCGUACCGGGGACCAGGUCCAGCCCCUCAAGACUCAGCUCGCGGUCUCGUCGAUGAUUUCUUACGUGCAUGAUCGGAUCAUCACGCCCGAGAUGAUGCGUGCUAUGAUUAUCCUUUAUAUUGGACCCCACCAGCGGCCCGAUUUCAAUACCGAUUUCUUUCUCUCGCCUGUGUUGGCGCCGGAUGCGCUACUUGCUGCAUUCCCCAAGACGUUCAUAAUGGCCGGUGAGCGAGAUCCUCUUGUGGACGAUACUGUUAUAUUCGCAGGCCGACUACGCCAGGCAAAACUACACCAAUUCUACGAACGUCAAGAGCUGGGGCUCGAGAAGCAGAAGCGCCAGUUCCGGGAGAAAGACUACGUGGAAGUUUCCUUGAUUCCAGGGGUUUCGCAUGGCUUCAUUCAAAUGGCUGGGUUCUUCCCGGAGGCGUGGAAGUACAUCAACCGCAGUGCGCAGUGGAUAGAUACCUUGUUCCAGACAACUGAGGGCGAUGACGCGGAGUUCAAACGUCUCCGAGCAUCUCACGCAUCUAAGAAGGAAGAGAGACAGAGAACACUGCUCCGGCAUCUUGAAUACGCCAAGGGGCUACGAAACCACCAUCGAAGCUUCACUGGAGAAUCUUCUGGUGACGAAGACAGGCCAUUGGAGAUGAGCAUGACCAAGCUGAAUCCUUCCGAGAGGUUAACAGGGCGUCCAAAGAAGCGCCGGUCGCCGUUCUCGUCAUCUCGCCUAGGCGGGUUCACUACGGUUGAGGAUGAGUCUGCAAAGGGAACUGAUCUACUUAUGGAGUCGCAAGCGCAAUACCAGGAUACAUUCCAUCAGGAUGAGCUCCACAGCGCCCCGGAGAGUCCGGAUUCUCUUCGUCCGCGUGGACGAAGUAUCACCUCUCUCGGAAGUGAAGAAGAUCUGCUUGAUCGACGCAUGAAUGGCGUUGCUGGUGGGUUGAUGGGGGGAAUGGGAGAAAGAGCACAGACACCAGGCCCUUGA